GCCUCUGGCUCCUGCGCGCUUCUCCCUAGGUCUGAGGGCGGGUCGGAUUUUCUUUCCGCGACUGUACCCCGGGUCUCCUGGUCGUUGCCCUCUCUGUGCUAGAGGCCGACCUCACCCGGGACGAAGUUCCGAGACGCUCAGGAUGGGGUUGGGUCUAACGGAGUUCUGCAAGGUUCUUUUUGAAAAUAGGACGAUUACGGCCACGUUGCGUCAGCACAGGGCAGUAACCCGUACCUCUAAACAAGUUGUGCCAAAUCGAAUCCUAACUUCAGAUGUGAUAUUUAACUUAGGAGAAGGGAAAUCCACCCAAGCGGAUUUAACCCUCUUCUGCUCAGACCUUAAAAAACCUUUGGAUACUUUUUCCAGAAGUGGAUCAUCACAUGCUUAUGUUUUUUCCAAACUGAGCAUAAACUCUUGAAAACUUAGCUUAUUAUCAAAGCGAAUUGUCGCAUAGUUAUGAUUCCGUUGUUGAGCUGCGUAGGUCUCUUGCGGUAGUUAAGUGGCACUAAAUUUUUUUUUCUCUUUGAAAUUGCAUUUAAAAAAGCUUUGAAAACUCUUGUGUGUCUCCCCGCCCCCUUCCGCUUUUCUAAUAAAACAUUGAAGGCUUCUGCCUUGCUGCUGGUCUGGACUUGGGAAAACAAGUGAUCUUUCAAAUUAUAGGGAUGCAUUGGUUCCUAUGUUGUUCCAUCAGCAUCACCUGGGAACUUGUUGGAAAUGCAAAUUUUGGCGUUUUAUCCCAAAUUAGAGAUUAUUUUAGCAAGCCUUCCAUUUGAUUCCCAGUGCAUCAGGCGCUAAGAUUUCAGAAUGACUGACAUUAGUGAUAACGCCCAUUGUGGAGUCACAGGGGGAUUUGAAUUAAGUUCAAGUGUAACCUAGAUAUAGAAUCUUGGACAAGUCACUGAAAUGUUACUUCAUGGGCCAUGUGAAAACGAACAAAAGCAUUUGUCACCAAUUCAUAAAAUUCUCACCAAAGGUGAGAUAUUGUUAUUACGUUAGGACUACCUGAAAUUAGUAUGAGAAUUGUGUUGGAAGGAUUCUUUGUUGGGUUAAAUAAGAAUUGUGCAUUAGAGGAGUGUAAGCAGGGCUUAGAGGGUAUUUAUUCUGUUAAAUUGUAAGUAGUCAAGAUUGUUGGAUGCAGGGUAUUCUGUUAAAAGAGCAGUUCUAAUACUAACGCUAUUAAGGUUGUAGUAUUGUAGAAUCAGUAAUUAUGUUGCGAUGUGUUUUAAUGUUUUGUUAUUUCUGGUUUCGUGGACUUAGUUGCAGUUAUGUUCUUUUGACCCAAAACUUGGAAGAGACUAGAGGAAGUAAGUGGAAUUUUUCUCAUCGGGAUAGAAAAACAGAAGCUCAGAACGAUUGAUUACAUGAUUUGCCCAUGGCCACCUACUAUUGUUAAUUCUUAAGCUGGUCUACACUUGGACUUCAACAAUUCAUCAAAAUUACGAUUUAUGUGUUCCUACCAAUUACUUCCUCCAGUAUCUUCAGUUCUAGGUUCAGCUGUCUGUAUGCCUCUCCAUAUUACUAAAAUCUGACCAUAUUUCCUCAUCACUGGGCUGUUUUCCUGAUAUAUAAUUAUGCAGCGAAGAUCAAGAAGGAUUAAUAUGGGGCUCAUUUUGCUCCUUUCUCAAAUCAUCCAAGUUGGGAUCAACAAUAUUCCACCUGUCACACUAGCAACUUUGGCUCUCAACAUCUGGUUCUUCUUGAAUCCUAUGAAGCCACUGUAUAACUCCUGCCUUAGCGUGGAGAAGUGUUACCAGCAAAAAGACUGGCAACGUUUACUGCUUUCUCCCUUUCACCAUGCUGAUGAUUGGCAUUUGUAUUUCAAUAUGGCAUCCAUGCUCUGGAAAGGAAUAAAUCUGGAGAGAAGACUGGGAAGUAGAUGGUUUGCCUACAUCAUCAGUACAUUCUCCCUACUCACUGGGGUGGUGUAUUUGCUCUUGCAAUUUGGUUUUGCUGAACUUAUGGAUGAGCCUGACUACAGAAGAAACUGUGCUGUGGGUUUCUCAGGAGUUUUGUUUGCCUUAAAAGUUCUUAACAAUCAUUAUUGCCCUGGAGGCUUUGUCAACAUUUGGGGCUUUCCUGUACCCAACAGAUUUGCUUGUUGGGCAGAACUUGUGGCUAUUCAUUUCUUCUCACCAGGGACUUCCUUCUCAGGGCAUCUGGCUGGGAUUCUUGUUGGACUAAUGUACACUCAAGGGCCUCUGAAGAAAAUUAUGGAAACAUGUGCAGGCAUUUUCUCCUCUAAUAUUGGUUAUCCACAACAACAGUACUACUUUAAUAGUUCAGGCUACUCUGGAUAUCAGAAUCAUCCCUAUGGCAGGCCGAGGUACACUGAGGUGCCUAGGAACUAUGAUGCGUACACAGCAGGACUGAGUGAAGAGGAACAGCUGGAAAGAGCAUUGAGAGCCAGCCUCUGGGACCGAGAGAUUCGGUCCAUGGUAAUCUUAACUCCACUGCUCUGGGCUUGAGGUGAGUCAGAACAUCAUGGCAGAGGGGCAUGACAGAGGAAAGCUGCUCAGCUCUUAGCGGCCGGGAAACAGAGAGGACCAGGGACCAAAUACAGUCACCAGGGACACACUAUCAGUACCUACCUCCUCCAGCCAUACCCCACCUGCCCCAGUUACCACCCAGUGAUCCAUUCAAAAUAUUAAUCCAUCAAAUGGAAUAAUCCACUGAUCAGGCUACAGCUCUCCUAACCUAAUCAUUUUGCCCCUGAAUAUUGCUGCAUUGAAUAUCAUGUUUCCAGUACAUAAAUUUAAGGGAGAACACUUUAUAUAUAAAUCCCAAUACAAGACUACAAUAAUCUUUUUUCCCCCAAAGGCAGUCUUAAAUACCAGCAAGGAUGUGGAUAAAUUAAAACCUUUUUUCACGCUAAUGGAAUUGCAAAAUGGUAUAGCUGCUUUGGAUGAUAGUCUGGCAGUUACUCAGGUCAAAUGUAGAGUUUAACCUUAAUAUAUAAACCAGUAAUUUCUAAGAGAAAUGAAAACGUAUAUCCACACAAAAACUUGUACAUGAAAGUUCAUGGUAACCUUAUUUAUAGUAGCCAAAGAAAAAGUUAAAAAAAACCCACUGCCUAUCAUCCGAUGAUGGAUGAAUAAAAUGUAGAAUUAAAUGAUGAAGGAAGUCCUACCUCCUCUAGCCUCCCUACUUGCUUUCAGUUACCAUCCAGUUAAUCCCUCUAACUUAUUAGUCCAUCAAAUGGAUUGAUCCUCUGAUUAGGCUACAGCUCUUGGAAUCUAAUCAUCUCAUACUUUAACAUUCCUAUGUUAAUAGGAACUUUUGGGAGACACCUCCUUUCAAAACCAUAACAAUUAUGCAAUUCCAGGAAAAUACUAAAAAAUAUUAAGUUGUGCACUCUCAAUUGGCAAGUUGUGUGUUUAGGAAUUUAAUUUCAAUGAAGUUAUUAUUAUUAUUAUUAUUAUUAUUAUUAUUAUUAUUUAUAUCUUCAUUUUAUUUUUAUGUGGUGCUGAGGAUCAAACCCAAUGCCUCACGUAUGGUAGACAAGCGCUCUACCUCUGAGCCACAACCCUAGCCCAAGCUAUUAUUUUUUUAAAAGUAAGUAUAUCAUUAUCCUAAUAGAAUGGAGGAGAAAAACCAAAGAUUAAAAAAAUGUGUUGUAUCCCAAAUUUAACAGCUUAAAGUUUAGGAUGGAUUUUUCUGUUGACUGUCUAUGUGUGUGUUUAAAGCCGAGACUUUGGUAUUCUAGAUGCCAGACUCCUUGGAAAGGGCCAUGUCUCCUUUCCCACAGACUCCAGAAGUGGUACCCAGUUCCCUGGUCUUCUACCAUACUCUCUCUUUUUUCUGAGUUCUUUUUCUCCUAAUUCAGCAAGAGCUAGACAUAAUAUGUGGCUUAUUUUCUUCCUGCCUUCUGCUCUCUUUUGAGAUCUCUUAAGCAAGUCAAGGUUUUAUAAAAUCAUAUUUUGGGUUAAGAUAAUAGAUCUGAAAGAACUUAGGGUAUAUGCCAGAAGACUUAUUGUCCUAUUGGUAACAGAUGUCCUUAGCAUAGGGCAGGCUCAGUAAAUCUUUGGGAGCCAAACACUUCCCCAAUAAAUCCUGUGUACACAAUGGGAAAUUGUGGAGCCUAUUGGGCUUCAUUUUCUCAACUGUGAAAUCUGGAUGGUGGCACAAACUUAUUCUCAGAAUAAUAAGACUUUAAUUUUAUGAAGAUCAAAUGACAUGAUGUACCAUGUAACCAGGCAUGGUGGCACAUACCUAUAAUCAAAGAUAUUCAGAAGGCUGAUGCGGGAGAAUCUCAAGUUUGAGACCAGCCUGAGCAACUUAAUUUUAAAACAAAAUGGAAAAAUGGCUGGGAAUAUAGGUCAGUGAUAGAGCACUUGCCUAGCAUACAUGAGGCCCUGGGUUACAUCCUCAGUACAGACAAAAAGAGAAUAUCAUGAAAAGAAAGUGAAGAGAGCUGUAUAGAUGCUAAUUUUGAUGUUAAAUGAAUCUGUUCUUUAGGAAUUUGAAAGUAUUAGUUUUUAUAGUUUCAUUGAGACAUAAAUGUCAUAUGAUAAACUACAUAUAUUUUAAAUGUGCAAUUUGUUCAGCAUUGAUAUAUGUGUACACCUCACCACCAUGGAGACAAUUAAAGAACCCAUCACCCCUGUUUCUGUCCCAUGGUCAUUCAUCUAGACUCUCCCUCACUCAUACUUAUUCUUCAGCCAACCACUGAUAUUCUGUCACUGUGAUUUAAUUAGAAUUUUGUAAGUUUCUUUUUAUAAACGAAAACAUACUGUAUAUAGUCAGCCAUCCAUAUCCAUUGGUUUUGCAUCUGUGGAUUCAACCAAAAAUUAAAAAUACUUGAAACAAAAAUUGUACUGUACUUUUACAGACUUGUAAUUAUUCCCUAAACAAUAGAAUGUAACAACUCUUUGCAUGACAUUUAACAUUGUAUUAGGUAUUGUAAGUAAUCUAGAAAUGGUUUAAAAUAUGGGGGAGUGUAUGCAUAGAUUAUAUACAAAUACACCAUUUAAUUUAAGUGUCUUGAGCAUCUCAAAGUUUGGUGUCUCUAGGGCAUCCCAGAAACAGUCCCUCUGGAUACUGAGGGACAACUAUACUUUGAUCAUCUGAUUUAUUUCACCAAGCAUAAAAUAGUUGGGCUUUUUCCAUUUCACUGUGUAUAUUAAUAGUUAAUUCCCUUUUAUUGGAAAUAGUAUGUCCUUGUAUGGAUAUUCUACAAUUUAUUUAUCUGUUCAUCUGUCAUUGAAUUUUUGAAUUGUUAGCAGUGAUUUGGCUUUUACAAGAAAGCAGCUACAAACAUUCAUCCACAAAUAUUUGCAUAAAUAUAUACUUUUAUUUCUGCUGAGUAAAUCCCUAGGAGUGGAAUGGCUGGGUCAUGUGAAAAGUGCAUGUUUACUUUUUAAUGAAUUGUCAAACCGUACUCAAAGUAGUUGUAACAUUUUACAUUGUGUGUGAUUUUCAUUUUAAUUUCAUUAAUGAAUAAAGGCAUUAACUACCUUUUCUUGUGUUUAUAA